ACAAACUGUGCACCUAAUGAGUGAACCGCUCCCUUCUGUUAGCCAGCUGGGAACCGUGUGUGGUACAAACAGGUAGUUUUAAUGAAUGAAAACACUGGACCUCUUCCAAAAGACAAGAAUUUGAGGAGUUACUUUCUGCUGGAAUUAGUGAGCACGACAUAACAGAACUAGAAUAUGCAGAGGUCAUUCUGAUUUAACCGCCGUAAACUAAACUAGAUUCAUCCUUCUAUUACCGGGUUCAUGUUUUCUAUAAAACACCUGUAAAACACAGCGCUAACUGAACCCGUUUAGAUCAGAGUGAUGGUGCAAACCCCGGUUUCAUGUGCUCCCCUUUCUCCUUCAGCACUUCAUCCACCCAGCCUCUCGUUUCCUCUCCUAAUGAAAGGCUUCCGGCAGGCCGGAAUCUUGUACAGUAAAGGCCUUGUUUGUCACCCGUGUCUCUUACACCGUAUCCUUGGUUAAUCCCUAUUAUCCAGUCAAGCCUCAUUAAUCUGAAUAACUAAUAUGAAUGAGGAGCGACCGAACCCUCAUCCUCUCCCUCCCCAUUACUGUCUGUCCUCGUCCCCCCGGAAAGGAAGUGACCCGCUUGUCGGAGCAGGAAUAAGGCCAUGACUGCACAGCAGGACGCCUCAGAUGUUGUCUGAAUCCGAAUACACUUACAAACGCCCAUGCAGGAGCAGGAACCUUCUCUACAAGCAUUAGGCUUGCAUGAUAUUCUCCAGAAAUUAUUUUAAUUUAUGUUUUUGUAUAUAUAUUACAUGUCAGCAACCCUACCAAAUAAAAUAAACCAAUUUAUUUCCAAUUUUUAGACGUAUUUUCAGUUAUCUUGGGAUUUCAAAAACAGUAGAUUCUAGAAAAACACUUAAGAAAGAAAAGAAAAGAAAAAAAUAAACAAAUCCGUCAAUAAAAUCAAUUUGAUUGCAAUAUUUCAGAUAAGAUUUGGAAAAUAAAAAGCCUUCCCUACACAAGAACUGUUGUUUUCUUAAGUUUUUAAGAGGGUAAAAAAAGCAAAUUAAUAAAAACUGGAGACAAAGAAACUCUUGAAAGGUAAACUUUCCAAACUUGCAUUACAAAAAUAGUUUCCUAGAUCCGUUUGUGACACAAAAGUCUCUUAAUGUGUCAACGUUACCCCGCCCCUUCCCCUACUGCUCCACAGACCUCCCAUCACCCCUUCAUAUUUAAGUCCGUUGGCAACCUGCUAUAAUAACUCCUGUUCCGUCAGGCUCCAUCCGUUUUGACCAACUUUCGCCAUUAUUUUUUAAUUUUGUUUAGUUGCAACAAAGGUGUUUUUACUUAUUUUAUAACCAGAAUGUUGCGCCCUUCGGCUUGUCUGGUGUUCCUGCUUUGGCUUGCUGGACCCUCCGCUUCCUCCAAUCCUGACUUUACAUUAUUUAAGUCAAGGCUGCAAGGACGCCUAAAAACAGAGGCUAGAACUCAGUCUGCACUCAAGGACAAAGACGGGGACCGGAUAAGUACCCUGAGAAGCAGUCCAGUCGAAAUAGGUGACGCUCCUGCUUCCAAAACAGCUUCAAUUGGAGAGGAUGGCGCCGCGUGGACGGAGCUCGGGACAACGGCGAAGUUUAGGUCUACGCUGUCAAUCAGGGACGGAGGACUGUGGGAAUCCCGUACCCCUUCCCGCUGCGUACCCAUACCGUCAGACAUGGCCUUGUGUCAAAACAUCGGCUACGACACCAUGAGGAUGCCCAACCUGCUGGGCCACGAGUCUCUGGCUGAGGCGGUGCAACAGAGCACCAGCUGGUUACCACUACUGGCAAGAGAGUGCCACCCUGAUGCUCGCAGCUUCCUCUGCUCACUCUUUGCUCCAAUCUGUCUGGAUCGGUUUAUAUCGCCCUGCAGAAGCUUGUGUGAAUCAGUGCGGGACAGCUGCGCACCAAUAAUGAGCUGCUACGGCUACCCCUGGCCUGAAAUCCUGCGCUGUGACCAGUAUCCCGCGGAGCAUCUCGUCUGCAUCUCCUCCAUUACUAACGCCACAGUCAACACAGAUGGACAAAGAGUUCCUCAGGCGAGCUGCCGGGAUUGUGAAUUAGAAAAACCCUCUUCGCCAAAAGAGAUACUGGAGUCUUUUUGUAAAAGUGAUUUUGUGGUGAAACUCCGUCUGAUAAGGCUCAAGCACAGUCCGGUGAGUCUGUCUCAAUUCUCGUUGACAACUAAGCUGGAUGUGAUGAAGCAGGGGCCGUUAGGGGGAGGGCAGAUUCGUUCCCGCAUUGAACUGUGGCUGGAGAGGGACGCCACCUGCGUAAGGAACAUGACACGGCAACAUCCACGAGGCGGCACCUUCCUGGUGACAGGAACAGUGCAAGGGGAGCGCCUGGUGGUCAACAAAGCUUACGCCUGGCACAGACAAGACAGGAACCUAAUGGCUGCUGCCCGCAAAUGGAAACAUCACAGUUGCAGGAACUAGAAUUGUUGCACUAGAUAGGAAGUUUGUUUGUGAAACAACAACUGUUGGGGGGAUAUAUUUAAAUGUCCCUGGAUGUGUAAAUAUACUUGUUUUUUUUCUUUGAUAAGUUCCAAAAAUGUGAUAACAAACAAAAUGAUAUACAGUCAGAUAGUCACAAAAAAGCACACCAAAUGUGAAAAAUGUUCAUUUUCAGAAGUGGAUGAAAUAAAAACAAUAAAAGAUGUUUCUUAGAAAAUGUACAUUUCGUAUUUGUUAACUUUCCUUUAAUAGUUUUGUGAUCAUGCAAGUGUAAAAUGACAACUUUCCCUGAUCCAAGAAGAACAGGAAAUCCUAAAUAAGGUUGUAUUUACUCCAAAACUUACU